GGCGGCGCGGGCCCCGCGCGGCCAUGGAGCCGGGCCGGCAGGCGCUGCCGCUGGAGAACGCCUCCAUCCUGUCCGAGGGCGCGCUGCAGGACGGGCACCGCCUCUGGAUCGGCAACCUGGACCCCAAGAUCACCGAAUACCACCUCCUCAAACUUCUUCAGAAGUUUGGCAAAGUAAAGCAGUUUGACUUUCUCUUCCACAAGUCUGGUGCUCUGGAAGGGCAGCCCAGGGGUUAUUGUUUUGUCAACUUUGAAACCAAACAGGAAGCAGAGAAGGCGAUCCAGUGUCUCAAUGGGAAGCUGGCCCUUUCCAAGAAGCUGGUGGUGCGGUGGGCACACGCACAAGUCAAGAGAUAUGAUCACAAUAAAAAUGAGAAGAUCCUUCCAAUCAGUCUGGAGCCAUCUUCCAGCACGGAGCCACCCCAGUCCAACCUAAGCGUCAGUGCAAAAAUAAAGGCCAUUGAAGCCAAGCUGAAGAUGAUGGCAGAAAAUCCAGACGCAGAAUAUCCUGCAGCACCUGUUUAUUCUUACUUCAAACCACCAGAUAAGAAAAGGACUACUCCUUACUCCAGAGCUGCCUGGAAAUCCAGAAGAUGAUGCUUCUGAAUGGAUGAUGGUAGCAAGAAACACUGCUUUGUAUACCUGGAGUCCUCCAAUGCUUUUGUACUUUUGUAGAGUGGGAAGGACAGUGCCACCUGAGCAGGGCACGGCCAGCACAGCCCUCUGUCACACCUGAGGGUCUGCACGUUCCUGCCUGUGCAGCUCACAGCUGAAGGCUGUUCAGAGAAAUAGGUUCCCUUCAAAACCUCUGAGGAACACACAGGCAACCUCUCGUUAGUGUGCAUUCAUUAGCCAGAUUAGGAACAGUAACCAGCGUUCGGAGUAAAGCACAUCCAAAAAUACUCCAUUUAACUGAUUACUUUUUAACGUAUUUUUGAACAAAAUGUAUUCCAAUUCAUGUUUUAAUGGAAGGGGAAGCACUUGGUUUUGAUUAACAUGCUGUAGUUAUAAUGGAAAAACUUUUUCAUCUCAAUAAAAUUCAUUUUAAAUAGA